AUGGAUCGUAAAGAGAGAGCCCUUUUACGAUGGCAAGUAUUCUUUUCCACGAUUUUGAAGGUCCUUUGGUCUCCCACAUAUUCAUCUGCAGACAAUCAAAUUCCAAACUGGGACAGGAUUCUCAACUUGAACGAUGGAAAAUCGAUUGACGAGCUUAAGUGGAUCUUUUUUUCUCAAACUGGUAUUUCAAAGUCUGAAAUUUUGAAAUUCUUUCAAGCUAGCCAGGCAGGGGCGACAUUUUUCCCGAAUUUUAACAUGUCUUUGAUUCCAUCAAUUGCAGAUACCCCUGCAUUGGAUAGCGAGACUGUUGUGCAAUCGACACAAGAGCAACAAUCGGUCCAAGAGCAGGAAGAGAUCGAUGAAAACCUGGAAGAUACAAAUGUAUCCCCUGCAAAUUCUUCACCUUUCGGAAUAUCUGAUGCUGAACUGCCUAAUUUAAGGGUUAAAUUUACAAAAGAUUUUGCAACAACAGUUGUUG